AUUUUCAGGUCCAGCUGUGGCAUAUCCAGAAGGAUUACCCCCAGAACAUGCAGACGGUCAGCAGUCCACCCCCGGCUCUGCCGAGCGUCCAGGACAGAAGAGGAAGCUCCCCAGUCCGCAGCAUUCAUCCAAUGGAUGACACUCCCCUCAGGAUGCCUCCGCCAGCCCCAGUAAAAAGAAAAAGAAACCGGGAAUGUUAAACAGUCACAAUAAGGACCAGUCAGAGCUAAGACAUGGUCCGUUUUACUAUAUGAAGCAGCCACUCACCACAGACCCUGUUGAUGUUGUACCGCAGGACGGGCGCAAUGACUUCUACUGCUGGGUUUGUCACCGAGAAGGUCAAGUUCUAUGCUGUGAGCUCUGCCCAAGAGUUUAUCACGCUAAGUGUCUGAAACUGACCGCUGAGCCUGAGGGCGACUGGUUUUGUCCUGAAUGUGAGAAAAUCACGGUAGCAGAAUGUAUAGAGACACAGAGUAAAGCGAUGACCAUGCUGACUAUAGAACAGCUCUCUUACCUGCUAAAAUUUGCACUACAGAAGAUGAAGCAGCCAGGGACAGAGCCAUUCCAGAAGCCAGUUUCACUGGAGCAACAUCCUGAUUACUCAGAAUAUAUAUUUAAUCCUAUGGAUCUCAGUACACUAGAAAAAAAUGUUAAAAAGAAAAUGUACGGUUGCACUGAAGCAUUCCUGGCAGAAGCCAAAUGGAUUUUACACAACUGCAUUAUUUACAACGGGGGAAAUCACAAGUUGACGCAAACAGCGAAAGUUAUAAUCAAGAUAUGUGAACAUGAGAUGAACGAGAUUGAAGUUUGUCCUGAAUGUUAUUUAGCCGCUUGCCAAAAAAGAGAGAACUGGUUUUGUGAACCGUGUAGUAAUCCACAUCCCCUGGUCUGGGCAAAAUUAAAAGGAUUCCCAUUCUGGCCAGCAAAGGCCCUGCGAGAUAAAGAUGGACAGGUGGAUGCGCGAUUCUUCGGACAGCACGACAGGGCCUGGUCCCCAUGAAUAACUGCUACCUCAUGUCCAAAGAAAUCCCUUUUUCUGUUAAAAAGACGAAAAGCAUCUUCAACAGCGCCAUGCAGGAGAUGGAAGUCUACGUGGAGAACAUCCGCAAGCGUUUCGGCGUUUUUAACUACGCUCCCUUCCGGACGCCUUACACGCCAAACAACCAAUACCAAAUGCUGCUGGACACCAAUAACCCCAACGCCGGCACCGCCAAAACCGAAAAGCAAGAGAAGAUCAAGCUGAACUUCGACAUGACGGCCUCGCCGAAGAUCCUGAUGAGCAAGCCCAUGCUGAACAGCAGCGGGGGUAGGCGGAUUUCAUUAACGGACAUGCCCCGCUCACCGAUGAGCACAAACUCCUCCGUACACACGGGCUCUGAUGUAGAACAAGACGCCGAUAAGAAAGUGGCGUCCAGUCACUUCAGCGCAAGUGAAGAGUCGAUGGACUUCAUUGAUAGAAGCACAGCUUCACCUGUUUCUACAAAGACUGGGCAUGGAGGGAGCAUCACGGACAGCCCGAAGCCUUUCUCUCCUCACUCUUCCACUCCGCUAGCGGCUAAACCGGACAGGAGCAGCAGCACUGGCAGCAUUCUCAACCUCAACCUCGAUCGUAGUAAGGCAGAGAUGGACCUAAAGGAACUCAGUGAGUCGGUUCUUCAGCAGUCAACGCCGACAUCCCUCAUCUCCCCCAAGAGGCAAAUUCGCAGCCGAUUUCAGCUGAACCUCGACAAAACCAUCGAAAGCUGCAAAGCUCAAUUAGGAAUUAAUGAGAUUCCGGAUGACGCCUAUGCCGCAGCGGAGCACAGCGACUCUGAGGAGUCUGAGAAGACAGAUUCUAGCGACAGCGAGUAUGUUAGCGACGAGGAAAAGCCAAAGAAUGAGCGGGAUGAGGAUGACAAAGAGAGUGUAAAAGUCAACAAGGCCGUCUCCCCUCCUACGUCGUUGAAGAAGAAGGCCAAACCCGCCGGCACGGCAGAGGUGAAAGAUAACAGCAAAAGUGCUUCCGCAGUGGCAGAGAAGGGAGAGGUGACGGGGAAGGAGAAGCCAGCCCCUGCUGCAGAGAAAGACGCUCCUGAUAAAGGCAAAACACACUCCGCUAAGGACAAACUGAAAGGGAAGGACGAUACGGACUCACCAACGGUACGUCUUGGCCUGGAUUCGGACUCUGAGAGCGAACUGGUUAUAGACCUCGGGGAGGAUCACUCGGGGCGGGAAGGACGCAAGUCUAAGAGAGAGGCUAAGGAACCGCCAGCAAAGCACCCGGAAAGUAAGGCCUCUGCUAAUAGCAGUAGCCAGCCGGCCGUGGACACCCCGAUCAUGACGCGUUCUGCAGCCCAGGCCGCCCCUGCAGUCGGAGUGACAGUGACCACCAGCGCUGUAGCCUCUGCCACCACUCAGGCCGCAGCCACAGGGAGCCCAGUAAAGAAACAGAGGCCCCUUCUGCCCAAAGAGACCGCGCCCACGGUGCCGAAGGUGGUAUGGAACCCAUCCAGCAAGUUCCAGACCUCAUCGCAGAAAUGGCACAUGCAGAAGGUUCAAAGGCAACAACAGCAGCAGCAGACGACGACCCAGCCAAGCACCCCAGCGCCACCUCAGUCUCCGCAAGGCACGAGAUACCAGACGCGGCAGGCUGUUAAAGCCGUGCAGCAGAAGGAAGUCACGCAGACCACAACUACGUCCACCAUAACGCUGGUGACCAGCGCCCCGCCGCUGGCCGUGGUGACCAGCCCAGCACAGUCCCUGAGCUCCUCCAUUACCAGUGACCUGCCCAUUGCCACAGCCUCUGCCGACGUGGCCGCUGACAUCGCCAAAUACACCAGCAAGAUGAUGGAGGCCAUUAAAGGCACGAUGACAGAAAUCUACAAUGACCUGUCCAAAAACACCACCGGAAGCACCAUAGCAGAGAUUCGCCGAUUAAGAAUCGAGAUCGAGAAACUACAGUGGCUUCAUCAGCAGGAACUGUCUGAAAUGAAGCAUAACCUCGAACUCACUAUGGCUGAGAUGAGGCAGAGUCUGGAGCAGGAGAGGGACCGGCUGAUAGCGGAAGUCAAGAAGCAAACGGAGCUCGAGAAACAGCAGGCGGUGGAUGAGACAAAGAAGAAACAGUGGUGUGCCAACUGCAAAAAGGAAGCCAUCUUCUACUGCUGCUGGAACACCAGCUACUGCGACUAUCCCUGCCAGCAAGCCCAUUGGCCAGAGCACAUGAAGUCCUGCACACAGUCAGCCACGGUGACGCAGCAAGAAGCUGAGCCCGAGCUCGAUAAAUCGUCGCAGUCCGCAGCCAGCAUCCAACCUCCGCCCACCGAAACCGCCACCACGCCCAAAGAGAAGGAGAGCGCGGCCGACAAGAGCAAAGAGAGUGUCACUAUAGCAACAGGUGUGACAAGCAGCCAGCCCAUAAAACUGGUCCACGUGCCUCAGACCACGGCCUUUAUCCCAACUACUCAACCCACGAUUACCAUCCCUGUGGUAGUGAGUCCGAGCACCGGGACUGUGGCGGUGAGGGCGGGCGUCCAAUACGUUCAGACCACCGUGCCGGUACAAGUGAGGAGAGUGUGA